AUGGGGUUUUCCAACAUACAGAAAGAACCCCUCCAGUCAUCAAGCAGCCUUCAGACUGAGGUCUACACCUUUUUAAGGUAUGAGUGCCUGGUUGUUGUUCAGUUGCUAAGUUGUGUCCGACUCUUCGUGACCUUGUGGACUGCAGUGCGCCAGGCUCCUCUGUCCUCCAUUGUCUCCUGGAGUUUGCUCAAAUUCAUGACCAUUGAAUCAGUGAUGCUAUCUAACCAUCUCAUCAUCUGUCCCCCACUUCUUCUCUUGCCCUCAAUCUUUCCCUGCAUCAGGGUCUUUUCCAAUGAGUCAGCUCUUUGCAUCAGGUGGCCAAAGUGUUGGAGCUUCAGCAUCAGUCCUUCCAAUGAAUAUGCAGGUUUGAUUUCCUUUAGGGUUGACUGGUUUGAUCUCCUUGCGGUCCAAGGGAUUCUAAAACUGGGUCACUUUUUAAGCUCAAUUUUUGAGCCAAGCCUAACUUCAGGACAAGAUGUGUACACAGGUAACAAUGUGACCUGUGUCUGCUCCCUCCUUUCCUAA